AUGGCUGGAAAAUGGCUAGCAAACAAACAAAACAAAUCAAAAAACGGCUAAAAGUUUAAAGGUUAUCAAUUACGACAUUGGCGUUAAUUUAUUCAAUGUAACUUGAAAACUCUCAACUUUAUCAGACGAAUUGAGUCUUUAGAAAAGGCCAAUCACAUAAUCCUAUUCAUCAGCUUAAAAGCUAUCCUAUCCCCAUGCUUAUCGAUAAACAUGAUUCAGUUGGCGCUCGCAGCAUAUUUGAAAGUUGAAUCUUAUCUUCAGAUAAGAAUUUCAGUUAAAAUCUAACGUCUCGACUUGGGAAACUAUUAAACUGUUUCUGACAGCUGGCAGCCAAAGAUGGGUAGUCCAAUUCCAAUGCUUGCAAUCUUAUUAGUGUGUUUCGCGGCCUUGGCGCAUGGACGUCCUGGCUAUGGCCCUGGUGAACAAGAUUGGGGAUUUGUCGAUGUUCGCACCGGAGCACAUAUGUUCUACUGGCUUUAUUAUACAACGGCAAAUGUUACAAAUUAUACGGAUCGUCCUCUGGCCAUUUGGUUGCAAGGCGGGCCAGGUGCCUCAUCGACUGGCUAUGGCAACUUUGAGGAACUGGGACCAGUAGAUCUCUAUGGAGAUUAUCGCAGUUGGACUUGGGUCAAGGACAUGAAUGUGCUGUUCAUUGACAAUCCUGUGGGCAGUGGUUUCAGCUAUGUGGAUAAUACUGCUUAUUUUACAGCUACCAAUAAGGAAAUCGCCUCAGAUUUGGUUGAACUCAUGAAAGGCUUCUACGCCAAUCAUCCCGAAUUCGAGACAGUUCCCUUGCACAUAUUCUGCGAAAGUUAUGGAGGUAAAAUGGCUCCCGAAUUCGCCUUGGAGUUGUACUAUGCCGCCCAACGUGGUGAGAUUGUCAGCAAUUUGACGUCGGUUGCUCUUGGCGAUCCAUGGACAUCGCCCAUUGACUCUGUUCUCGCCUGGGCACCAUUCCUCAAGGAGACGGGCAUCGUUGACCAUGAUGGCUAUGAGGCUAUAAUGGAAGCUGCCAACUUUACAGCGGAAUUGGUCGAACAAGAGCGUUGGAUUCAGGCCACGGCUCAGUGGGGCAACACCCAGUGGGAGGUAAUGAAAGCUUCGAAGGGAGUUGAUUUCUACAAUGUACUGAAGGAGACGCGUGGCGAUAUAUACCAGAGGCAGGCUCUACUGACACCAGAGGAGCGUCUCUAUCGCACCAUGGUGAAGUAUGAUAUUGACGAGGAUCGGGACGCACUUCUGGCAGAUUUAAUGCGUGGCCCAGUGGCCGAGACUUUGGGCAUUUCCUCCAAUGUCAUCUGGGGAUCUCAGAGUGGAAGCACUUUCGAUAUACAUAGAACUGACUUUAUGAAACCUGUCAUACAUAUUGUUAAUGAAUUGUUGGAGAACACUCCACUCAAGGUGGCUGUCUUCUCUGGAGGCUUGGACUUGAUUUGUGCCACUCCAGGCACUGUCAAUUGGAUAGAAAAGUUGGACUGGAGCAGGAAGAGCGAAUAUCUGAAUGCCUCGAGAACUGCGAUCAGUGUGGAUCGUAUAUUGGAGGGCUAUCAAAAGACUGGAGGCAAUUUCACCAUGUUCUGGAUUAACCGUUCGGGUCACAUGGCUCCGGCUGAUAAUCCAGCUGCCAUGAGGCACGUCCUGCGCACGCUCACAACCUUCGGUUGAUGAUAUCAAGUGGCAAAAUAAAAACAAAAAUUAAUUGCAAA